AUGUCCGAGUCAAUUGAAUCCCCACUACUCAAAAGUGUUUUAAGUCUACUCGAAGAAGACGGUGACACUGAGAAAGACGUCGCUUCCCUUAGAAGCUUGUUGUAUGACCCUCCCGAGAACGACUACACAACAAAACCAAUUCUUGACCUUGCCGCCGACAUGACCCGUGCAAACUCGGCUCCACUCAACAACGUGAUAUACACUGCUCAACCCUUCAUACCAAAAAAGCGUCACGUUGUCGGUCUCGCGUCGCCCAGUUGUAUAUCUCCGUCAUUCAACUCGAUGUCUCCAAGAGUCAAACAAAUCGUCAGUAGUCCACCGACUUACAAACACGCAAAUUCGUCGUCCAACCCGAACCAAAUGAGGAACACCAUCAAUAACAAUUAUACCGUUGCUGACUUGUGCAAAGAACAACAAGGGAGCCGUCGUAUCCAAGCAUUUCUCCAGACAGCAAAGGAAUACGAAGUGACUGAAAUCUUCGACAGUUUGAAAGGUGACUUAUUUGACCUUAUGUUGGACCUCUUCGGCAAUUAUGUCGUCCAGAAAUUCAUCGAAGUUGGUGUCGAAAAGCAUCGACAGUACGUCAGAGAUUUAGUGAAAUGCAAAAUCAUCAUGUUGUCAAAGCACAUGUACGGCUGCAGAGUCAUCCAGAAGAUAGUCGAAUACUCGAGCAGCGAACAACAAGAGGAGCUCUUCCAAAAAAUCGAGGGUGAAGUCCGCGAUUUGAUAGUUGACCAAAACGGCAACCAUGUUGUCCAGAAGUUUGUUGAGAAGUACGACGGGUGCGGUGGGAGAGUUAUCGACAUCAUCAAAGACGACAUCGAGUUAAUUUCGUCUCAUGGCUUCGGGUGUCGUGUCAUUCAACGAUUGAUCGAGAAAAGCGACACCACCAUUAAUACAAUCAUUUACAAUAAAGUGAGGGGGAACAUACAAGUCCUUUCGAUGAACCAAUUUGGGAAUUAUGUUAUCCAACAUUUGCUCGAGUUUGGGAGUCAACCCAUUCGCGAUGAAAUUAUUAGUGAGGUGCAAGACAUCUUCUGUGAGAGUUCUUUAAUGAAAUUUUCAUCAAAUGUGAUGGAAAAGUGCGUUCAAUUUGGAUCAUCGGAAAAGCAACGGGUCUUGAUUGGGAAGGUCUUCUCGUGUAAUGCAGAUAGUGUCGUCUCGAUGAUGAAAAACCCGUUUGCAAAUUAUGUCCUCCAAAGGAUGUUGACGGUCAUGAACAAAGAUGAUCGAACAAAGUUCAACGCCAACUUCAUUCAGAAGAAUGUUGUCAUGCUCCGAAAGAACGUCUACGCUAAACACCUUCUCAACACUAUGGAUAGCUUGUUGUGA